UAGUUCCACUGUCACGUGCAGGGGAGUAAGCAACACACACACAUGAAUAUACAUAUGAGUAUAUACAUGUACAUAUGUGUGUAUAUGAUCUGAUAUCUUGCUCGGGUAGGGUAGUUAGCACUGUAAUCCGGUUUGAACAAAAAGAAGCGAUCAGCUCCCCCUUGACCACAAGCAAAGAUACUGAUAGUUGUUUCUUUCUGGCUAUACUUUGGCCGACACAGGAUUCUGCCAUCAGCCGGACGCCAGCCUUUUAUUCUUAUCCUUGAUUUACGUGUUUUCUUGUUUGUUUUAGUUUGUCCGUUUUGGUAGGUUUUCUUUGGUUCUUGUGUGACAUUAGUUUGGUUACUUUUUGCUUUUUAAAUGCAGUUCUUUGUCGAUAUUCCUAGUUUUGGUUAUCUCUCAAUUUCCUUGUUUUAUUCAGUUCUAAAUAUAUAUUGAUAUUUUGAUGAGGAUGACCACUCUUAUAAACAUCCUUUUAUGUAUUAUUUACAAAUGCCAAUCAUUUUGAUUGCUUUAUAAUUUUGAUUGUUUUAUAAUUUUGUAGUUAUUUAGCAUCUAUCACUUUGGGCAGGUUUUUACCAUAUUCUUUUGUAAAUCUCUAUAUAGUGAGGUUACCGUGACCUCUGACCUCCCCCCACCCGUUAGCCGCGAAAAAUCGACGUUUGUUUUUUCCUGGAUCUGAUACUUGUAGAUCUCGGCCAUGAUCAUCCACGUGCGAGACACAGACGGGACAAUGAGUUCUGUCGAAGCACAACCGACGGACACAAUCCACACGCUCAGGGUGAAGAUUAUGUUAGAAGGCAUACCCCUAAGUGACUAUCGGGCACUCGUUUUUAACGGGGAGCGUUUAUGGGACAGCAAAGCAACGGUCUCCAGCUACGGCAUCAGGGACGAAGACUGUGUGGAUGUCAAAAAUGUUUAUGUGGCCCAAGCUAUGACUGGAUUUUACGUUAACGUUGUCCAGCCGGAAGGGGAGGUUAUCAGGGUAGUGGCGGACGAAGCGGUGCCCGUGAUACAGAUCAAGCACGAAGUGGCACGCAUAGCGGGUGUGGAGGCGAGGAAGCAGCAGCUGAAGGCGGGCAGCGAAGAUAUGAAGGACGAGAAGAGGCUGAGAGACUAUGGCAUCACUGAGGAUGCUGUUGUGUGGAUGGAGAUCGAGGGCGAGACUAAAAGCAGGAGAGAUAAAAGAAAAGAAAGGGAAGGAGCAGGGGACGACAGCCUGAAGAAUGUGUUGCUGUUUGCUUCCCUUCUGGUUUUAGUUCCUCUCAGUGUGUGGCUGGUCUAUAAACGUGGGAGUAAAAAUUAGUAAUGCAAUAUGUAAUCCUGCAGUUAUCAUUGUUAAUAUUAAUGAGGAUGAGUUUGAAAGCAACAAAGAAAUGCUGAUAAACCCUUCCUUUCAUUUGUUGCAAACCAGAAGCACACCCAUAUCUAGCUGUUCUUUCGUUCCUCGACACAUUUGCAAAACAGAAGGCAAUGCUUCUGCGAGGACCAUGCGUACUUAAGUAGUGCCUGCCAUGUUUGCUCACUGAAAUGGUGCCCUUGGGCCAAGGGCUUGUCGGCGCGUGCCGUGGGUGCACACGGAACGAGCAGACUUUCGAGUGCGGCUUCAAGAGCUGUUGCUGAUGAAAAUGGUCGCGUGUACGUGCCGAAGUAGUUUCGUCAGCUCUAAGGAAACGGACGAAAAACGUAGUAGGGUAUUCUGGUUGAAAAGAAGAGAACAAGAGAGAACAUGUGUGAGUCACGUUUCGGGGUAGUGGGGUGUGAGGCGCGCAGAUGUAAGACAAGCGAGAACAAGUUGUCUUGUAAUUCCUAAAACAAUAAAUACAAGAACAAAUUGU